GCUGGUAGUUGGAAAAUGACAGAGGCAGAAGCAGUUCCACAAGAAGACAGUGAAAUGGCCCCACCCUUCCCUUUCUCAUGCUUCAAAUGGCAGCUCUCUCUUGCAGCACAGCACCUCAACAUUUCCAUUGCCCCUUUCUGCUCUUUUUCUCUGUUUUCUUCCUCACAAGAAUCAAUCCAACAGAUAGUAGAAGAAAAGAAAACAAAGAAGAAGAAGAAAAGAAUCAAUCACAAAUUUGUGUUGAGGAGUGGGAAAAUGUUGAAAAUGUCAAAGAUUAAGGUGGUGUUUUUGGGUUUGUUUUUGUGGGUUUGUUCUUCUGUAAUGGCUUCUGUAACUUAUGACCACAAAGCCGUAAUCAUCGAUGGCCGGAGAAGAAUUUUGAUUUCUGGUUCUAUUCAUUAUCCAAGAAGCACUCCUCAGAUGUGGCCAGACCUUAUUCAGAAGGCUAAAGAUGGAGGGUUGGAUGUUAUUGAAACAUAUGUGUUUUGGAAUGGCCAUGAGCCUUCUCCUGGACAGUAUUAUUUUGAAGAUAGAUAUGAUUUGGUGAGAUUUGUGAAGCUGGUUCAACAAGCAGGCUUAUAUGUUCAUCUAAGAAUUGGACCAUAUGUUUGUGCAGAAUGGAACUUUGGUGGAUUUCCUGUUUGGUUAAAGUAUGUUCCUGGGAUUGCUUUUAGGACUGACAAUGGACCCUUUAAGGCGGCCAUGCAAAAGUUCACUGAGAAGAUUGUCGGUGUGAUGAAGGGGGAGAAGUUGUAUCAAAGUCAGGGAGGCCCCAUUAUUCUGUCACAGAUUGAGAAUGAAUAUGGGCCAGUGGAGUGGGAAAUAGGUGCCCCUGGUAAAUCUUACACUAAAUGGGCUGCUCAAAUGGCAGUAGGUCUUGACACUGGAGUACCAUGGGUGAUGUGCAAACAAGAUGAUGCUCCUGACCCUGUGAUAGACACCUGCAAUGGAUUUUACUGUGAAAACUUCAAACCGAACCAAGUUUAUAAACCCAAAAUGUGGACAGAAGCCUGGACGGGUUGGUUCACUGAGUUUGGUGGCCCAGCUCCUUAUAGGCCAGUUGAAGACAUAGCCUAUUCUGUUGCAAGAUUCAUACAGAAUGGCGGUUCUUUCCUUAAUUAUUAUAUGUACCAUGGAGGAACUAACUUUGGCCGAACUGCUGGCGGACCUUUCAUCGCCACUAGCUAUGACUAUGAUGCUCCAAUCGAUGAAUAUGGCCUACUAAGGGAACCAAAAUGGAAUCAUCUAAGAGAUCUUCACAAAGCCAUCAAGUUGUGCGAACCCGCUCUAGUAUCGGUAGAUCCUACUGUGUCAUCGUUAGGAAACAAUCAAGAGGCUCAUGUCUUCAAAACAAGAUCAGGGGCAUGUGCUGCAUUUCUAGCAAACUAUGAUGCAUCAUCUUCUGCAAAAGUCACCUUUGGAAAUAAUCAAUAUGACCUGCCACCUUGGUCUGUUAGCAUCCUUCCUGACUGCAAAUCUGCCAUUUUCAACACUGCAAAAGUCAAAGCUCCAAUCUCACAACCUAAGAUGACGCCGGUUAGUUCUUUUUCAUGGCUUUCAUACAAUGAAGAAACUGCCUCUGCGUAUGCUGAGGAUACAACCACCAUGGCUGGCUUAGUGGAGCAAGUAAGUGUAACCAGGGAUUCAACUGAUUAUCUGUGGUACAUGACAGAUAUAACGAUCAAUCCAAACGAAGGCUUCCUAAAGAGUGGACAAUGGCCUCUUCUCACAAUUUUUUCAGCAGGCCAUGCUUUGCAUGUGUUCAUAAAUGGCCAACUAUCUGGAACUACAUAUGGGGGGUCAGAGAAUUACAAAUUAACAUUCAGUAAAUACGUUAACCUAAGGGCAGGAAUUAACAAGCUUUCUAUUCUAAGUGUUGCUGUUGGUCUCCCGAAUGGUGGCUUGCAUUUUGAGACUUGGAAUACUGGCAUUUUAGGUCCUGUCACAUUGAAGGGUCUAAAUGAGGGUACAAUAGACAUGUCUGGAUAUAAAUGGUCUUACAAGGUUGGAUUGAAAGGAGAAGCCUUGAAUCUUCAUACUGUUAGUGGAAGUAGUUCUGUUGAAUGGGUGACAGGCUCAUUGGUGUCUCAAAAACAACCCCUCACAUGGUACAAGACAAUUUUCGAUUCGCCGGGGGGCAACGAACCAUUAGCUUUAGAUAUGAUCAGCAUGGGCAAAGGUCAAAUAUGGAUUAACGGUCAGAGCAUUGGGCGCCAUUGGCCCGCUUAUACUGCACGAGGUAGUUGUGGCAAAUGCAACUAUGCUGGAAUUUUUAAUGAGAAGAAAUGUCAUUCAAACUGUGGAGAGCCCUCACAAAGAUGGUAUCAUGUUCCCCAUGCAUGGUUGAAACCAAGUGGGAAUAUGUUGGUGAUUUUUGAAGAAUGGGGUGGCAAUCCUGAAGGGAUCUCUUUGGUUAAGAGAUCCAUUUCCUGAUAACACAGUGGCUUUCUAUUGGAGGCUAUAUCUCAUAUUUCUCUCUAGUUUUAGUAAAUACACGUAGAUUUAUGAAAUUAUAGGGAUUGAACUUCGCCAAACUGUUCAAAUUCACAAGAGAACAAGUGGAGAAGAACACUGAAAUCAAACCCCUUUUUUAUGCCAAUUGUAGAUAGGGAAGAAGUUUACCGAGUAUAUAGAAAGUAAAUGUAUUUUUGGGUUCAAAAGUUUGAUCCCAGAUUCAAGCUUAUAUUUAUUUAUUUGGGAGCUUAUGUAAUGAUCCAAUAAUUGAUGGAGAAGAAUACAAACGUUCAAGUAAAGUACACAAUAUCAUUAUACUUUACUUUUAACAAAAA